GCUGUGUCAGAGGGGCGUCUCCCGGUCCAGAUUACAGUCAAAGCGCUCUGUGUUUAUUCUGCACACCGAGACAGGACACUCAGCUCCCGCAGUCACACCCAGAAGAUAUCACUCAACAGCAGACAGUAUGGUGUACCAUCCUGAGUUUGAGAAGGCAGGCCAGCAGCCUGGACUGCAGGUGUGGAGGGUUGAGAAUUUCGACCUGGUUGCUGUACCAGAGAACCUGUACGGUGGGUUCUACACAGGCGAUGCCUAUGUGGUCCUCAACACCAUCAAACAGCGCUCCGGUAACCUGCAGUACGACCUCCACUUCUGGCUGGGUGACGCUUGCACGCAGGAUGAAAGUGGAUCAGCUGCCAUAUUUACAGUGCAGCUGGAUGAUCACCUGGGUGGAAAACCCAUACAAUACCGUGAGGUCCAGGGACACGAAUCUAAAACGUUCCUGGGCUACUUUAAGAAAGGUCUGCAGUACAUGAAAGGAGGAGUUGCGUCAGGGUUUAAGCACGUUGUCACCAACGAGGUUGUGGUGCAGCGUGUGCUCCAAGUCAAAGGUCGUCGUGUUGUAAGGGCAACAGAGGUGCCGGUCAGCUGGGACAGCUUUAACCAAGGCGACUGCUUCAUCCUGGACCUCGGCAAUGAGAUCUACCAGUGGUGUGGAUCCAAGAGCAAUCGCUUUGAGAAGCUGAAGGCCACUCAGCUUGCCAAGGCAAUCCGUGAUAAUGAGCGUAGCGGAAGAGCCCGUGUGUACGUGUGUGACGAAGGUGUGGAACGAGAAAAGAUACUUGAGGUUCUAGGAGCAAAGCCAGACCUGCCUGAAGGAGCCGAUGAUGAUGUCAAAGCAGAUGCGUCCAACAGGAAACUGGCUAAACUGUACAAGGUUUCGGACGCUAGCGGCACCAUGGCUAUGGCAUUGGUGGCUGAUGAGAACCCUUUUACCCAGAGUGCUCUGGAGUCCACGGAUUGCUUUAUUCUGGAUCAUGGUCCAGAUGGCAAGAUCUUUGUCUGGAAAGGAAAGGACGCCAAUGUUGAGGAGCGCAAGGCAGCCAUGAAAGCAGCAGAUGGCUUCAUUAAAAAGAUGGGCUACGCGAAGCACACUCAGGUGCAGAUCCUCCCCGAGAUGGGCGAGACUCCACUGUUCAAGCAGUUCUUCAAGAACUGGCGUGAUGUGGACCAGACAGACGGCAUGGGCGUGGCGUACGUUUCCAACCACAUCGCCAAGAUUGAGAAGGUGCCAUUCGACGCUGCCACACUGCACGAAUCGCAUGCCAUGGCAGCGCAGCACGGCAUGAUUGAUGACGGCCGUGGAGAGAAACAGAUCUGGCGUAUUGAAGGUUCUGACAAGGUUCCUGUUGACCCGUCUACGUACGGCCAGUUCUAUGGCGGAGACAGUUACAUUGUCCUUUACAACUACAGACACGGCGGCAGACAGGGACACAUCAUCUACGUUUGGCAAGGUCUGGACUCCUCACAGGAUGAAAUUGGAGCAUCUGCCAUCUUGGCCACGCAGCUGGAUGAUGAGCUCGGAGGAGGACCUGUGCAGGUGCGUGUGGUUCAGGGUAAGGAGCCGGCACACCUCAUGAGUCUGUUUGGUGGAAAGCCCAUGGUGAUCUAUCAGGGAGGCACAUCCAGGGAUGGAGGUCAGACCGAACCGGCACAGACGCGCCUGUUCCAAGUGCGCUCCAACUCAACGGGAUGCACCCGGGCUGUGGAGGUUGAUGCUGUUUCCUCAAACCUGAACUCCAACGAUGCCUUUGUCCUGGUGACUCCAUCGAGCUGCUUCAUGUGGGUCGGCGUUGGUGCCAGUGACACUGAGAAACAGGGAGCACAGGAGCUGUGUGGCAUCCUCGGGGUCACUACCUCUGAGAUCGCAGAGGGCAGAGAGGGCGGUGACUUCUGGGCAGCUCUGGGAGGAAAGACGGAGUACCGCACAUCCACCAGGCUGAAGGAUAAGCUGGACACUCACCCACCCAGACUGUUCGCCUGCUCCAACAAAACCGGACGCUUCAUCAUUGAGGAGGUACCUGGGGAGAUGACUCAAGAUGAUCUGGCCACGGAUGACGUCAUGAUCCUGGAUACCUGGGACCAGGUGUUUGUAUGGCUCGGUAAUGAGGCACAAGAGGAGGAAAAGACCGAGGCAAUAGCUUCAGCUGCCCGCUACAUCGAGACGGACCCAGCCAACCGAGACCGCCGUACUCCUAUUGUGAAGAUCAAGCAGGGCUUCGAGCCUCCUACGUUCACCGGCUGGUUCCUGGGCUGGGACCACGACUACUGGAGCAGCGACCCUCUGGACCGCGCCAUGGCUGAGCUCGAGAUUUGAACCCUCACCCCUGACCUUUAAAACCCCACUGCCUUAGUAGGGUAGCAGUGGAAGUUGCCCUUUGCCACUGAUUGACAUAUUUCCAUUGGAGCAUUUGGGAGUUGCUGAGAGAUCAGUGUAAAAGGGCAACGUGUACACUCCGAGCCUUGUCUUUAGUCAGAAGCUUUAAUUUCCAAUUGCACUUUUUUUACUGCAUUUUAAAUGUAGGCAUUAUAUUCCUAGCUGUAUUUAAGCGAUAGGUUGUUGGUUUUAAGGUAGAUCAUGUAAUCUGAGGUGGUAUUCAUGAAACGUUUUUAUUCAGUAGUGCCGUUUCUGUAAAGACCAAAACAAAUCCAAUCAUAAUUUGAGAUGUUUUGUGAAUCGCAGCUCUUGCUCCUAUAACGGAUGAUAAAUCUCAAAUUAGGAAUCACCAAGGAAUGAAGAAUUACCAUGACUGUUUUACUGUUUUAAGGUUGUUAUCUUCCAGAAUACUGUUACUCGUCAGAACAACAAACGGCCUCUUUACAGAUUCAGAAAUCCAGAUCCUGAAAGUGGGUUUUAAUAAAAUAGCGCAGCCUGGUUCUUCCUGUACGUUUGCAUGUAGUUUGUUUUUACGUAGGAGUAGAUCUUUGAGGGCAAUAUUUUAACAGCAAUACUAUCUUCCCUAGUGUGCACUUUCUUGUCGCUUUACGGAAUAUCUGAAAUAUAUAAUUAUUCGAAUAUGUAGUGCCUCAAAAAUAGUAAAAGCCAAAACAUUAGUCCUAUGCUCAUGAAUUUUCCACCAUGUAGCGUAUUCAUAGUGAUGCUCAGGAGUUUCACAGGGAUGCCAUCCGACUUUGAGUAGUUACGCCAGUGGGUGCUACUGAACAGUUUGAUAUUAAAACACCAAAGAACACCAGAGAUUAGAGAUAAUAUUGUGGGAUUGAUAAAGACCACAUGCAUUGUAUGACCAGGGCCUUGUCCUUCACACAUCCCAUAAUAUGAUAAAAUGACAUGCAGGAUAAUAAUCAUUCCAAAUGGGAAUUGGUUCUUCAAUCACGCCUGAAAAUGUGAUUAUUUUAGGUGGAUCAAGUUGUUUGGGAUAACUACAUGCUCCUGCUUUGCCAGGAAAGGGCAGAUACAUAUAAUCAAGACGCAAAAACAUGAUUAGAGUCGCUGAUUGGCUACAGAAGACAUGCACAGUUUAGUUCAGUGUAGCUAUGGGAUACUAAAUUGCUUGUGCUAAUGAAAUUUUUUCCAUUUGUUGGUUUCAUUUUGGUCCAAUGCUAACACUUUAAUUAAAAAAAGUACUGUAUACCCAUAAGUAGUGGAGACUUAUGAACCAGCUACAGCUGUUCAAAUUGCUUUUAGCAUUUGCAUGACCUCAAUUUGAUAAUUGUGCGAUAUAUUUAGUAAUAAAGCAAGUGAUUUACUUUGUUCAUAAAGCACUUCUAAAUGUGCAAUCUCAUCAUGGUUAUACAGAGUAAGUCUGCUCCGGAUUAGGUUUGAGCUUACGGACUGCUUGCUGCUUGUUUGUAACCGAGAAUGGACCAUGAUCAUGUCAAAUCAACAAUCCUCUUAAGAAGAACAGGCCUCUGGUGGUCUCUGUGGUGUGUAUGUGUCUCCACGGCUUGUUUAGAAUAGCAUCAUCCUGGAUCAGCAUGAGAAAGAAAUUUCCAGUAUGCAAUACUGUGCUGUAGUGGCAAAUUCCAGUCUUUGCUGCUUCUGUUGUAUAAACCCUGUUACACUGAUACCAAACCGAUGCCCUGCCUUACAUUUGUUACAAUAAAAACAAAACAGCUCUGUGCAUCA